AUGCCACAAAUUCCGCGUUUGACUGGCGUCUCGCCCGAAGUCGGUCCCAUCGCGUAUGGGAUGAUGGGUCUAACAUGGGAUGACCCUAACCCACCCAAAGAGCAGAGCCUGGCUACCAUGCGAGCCGCUCUCGAAGCAGGUGCCACUCUUUGGAAUGCAGGGACAUUGUACGGCACCCCCGAGUAUAAUUCAAUUCACUUGCUGGCCGAGUAUUACUCGAGAUACCCGGAUGACAGAGACAAGGUCGUCGUCUUCCUCAAGGGAGCCACGGUUCCCCCUCCGAAAUAUAUCGACGGAUCUCCAGAGAACAUCCGACGCGAGAUAGACCGGUGUAUUUCAAUUCUGAACGGCGGGAAGUCCAUCGACAACUUGCGCUAUAGACUAAAUAAAACAGGGAAUAAUUAA